UAGGUAUAUGUUCAGUUGUUCAUGGUCCAGAAGGAGUUUUAAAUAAAUAGUAGUAUAAAGAUUAUGUUCUUGUCAUAUUAGGCCUUACUUUAUUCAGCUUGGUUGGUCAUUAAUUACGCCUAUUAUUAGUUUAUCUGUCAGACGUAGUGUCCGUUUGUGAACUUACAUUCCCAUGUAAUCUUCUGGAUAAAAUAAACUUGAUGGAAAAAUUUGUUCUUACGUUUGUUGAUUUUGUUUUUCUUUUGGCCAGAAAUGAUUCUUUGACCAAACUACUGUCUGCUUGGUUUGUUUUGUUGCAGUUGAUGGUUGCUUACUUUGUACUAUGUUGUGUCAUGAGAUAUUAUUGAAUUUGAUCACACAACUGUCAUUGAGAUUGCAUUAUACUCUUUUGAUUUUAGGAAAAUAAUUUACUUUGUUGAACUAAAUAAGUAUUGUUGUAUUGUGCACUUUGUUGUUUAAAGUCUUUGAGAUCUUGUCAAAAUUUUCAACACGUUCAUUUAUGAAAGAUAAGUCUUACUGUUUACUUUUGACAAAAUGCAACCUUCCACAUCCGCGUUUAAUUCUUUGAAGGUGCACAAUGUCUUCCUUCUCAGUUUUAUCCUCUUUGUAAUCUCUGACCAUAUAUUAGACAAGCUACUAAAGUGAAAAAAAAAUAAAAAUUUGCUCAGUCAUGUUAAUUAAUCUUGUAAGCUGUAUCAUCUCAGAUAAAAGCUCCAAAAGCCACCCCAAUUUUGUUUGAAAAGUUUUUUUCUUCUCAAUCUCAAACUUCUGUUUGGCAUUUUACUACUGGUGAGGUACAUCUAAAACAUGAUUGAUUAGCUAAUGAUUAAUAGUGCCCGGAGAACCAGCUGGUCUUGCAGUUUAUGUCAUUGUCAAUCUAUCUCCUGGUUAUCUGCAACAGGCUUGUAGUGGUUGAAGAAUUUGCUGGCAUGUAGGCCUUUCAUGCUAUUAUUAUAAGAAUGUCUUUUUUGGACCUGUUUCACAUUGUAUGAUGAGAACUGAAUAAUCAUGAGUACAGAACACUCGUAAUAUUAAAUAAUUAUCAUUUUUUUUUUUUAGUUUCUUGGACAUUCGGUGAGACGGAAAUACUGUAGUUUUUUUUCAUGUCUUACUACGUGUGCUAAUUCUCUUUUGCUGUUUUGUGCUAUAGGGAAUAAAAGUGAUUGUUGGAAUGAUGAUGCAACAGAAGCGAUGUCCGAUCUCUUUUGACCAAACCAGUCUUACAUCUUUAAGACCAAAGCGACACAAGGCCGAGAUAUCUGUUGUUUCCAAGAAAGAGAAGGUUGGGGAACGAAUCACCGCACUUCAGCAACUGGUCUCGCCAUUUGGGAAGACAGACACAGCCUCUGUCCUCCUAGAAGCAAUGGAGUACAUCAGGUUUCUCCAAGAACAGGUUAAGGUGUUGAGUGCUCCAUAUCUCUGCAAUACAACUUCUACUACAGAGGACCUAGAGCCAUACAGCCUUAGAAAGAAGGGAUUAUGCCUUGUUCCACUAUCAAGUACUGUUGGGGUUGCUAGCAGUAAUGGUGCAGAUAUCUGGGCGCCGAUCAAGACGACUUCCCAGAAAUUCUACGAUCAAUAAAUGCUAAAAGAAAAAGUCGGUGCAGUUGGAAUCAGGGUUUGAAAUCGAAUAAGAAGCCAUGGAGGCAUAGAGGGUGGGAACCAGUUCAAGUUUUAAGGCAGGACACAAUUUUGUCAUGCAAGUAGAGAACCUUGGGUUCUAUAUAUGUACUAGUUUGUCUAGGCUGAAGAAAUUGAUGAAGGAAUCAUUAAUUUAUGUGAUAAUAGCUGCUAGCCAGUAUGUAAAUUUGAUGUUAACAUUGUGUUAGGCCAUGAACUGGAGAUUAUUAAUGAUGGUACUAAUUUGUUUAUGAAGUGCUAAAUUCACCUCC